CACAAUGGGUUACUGUGGAGAUGGAUACUUUUACAGGUCUAACAAAUGAAUAAACGUGUAGAAAAAAAUUCAUGAUUUUCCCCAAAAUUACAGUACGAGAUGUGAUGGUCCUAGUUAUUUUUCUAGGUUCCUGAGAUUCCCAAACCUCCUCCAUCCUCGGCAGACAGAAGAGCAGCAUGAGGCCUGAGAACCAGAGCAGUGUGUCCGAGUUCCUCCUCCUGGGGCUCCCCAUCCAGCCAGAGCACCAGGGUGUGUUCUUCACCCUAUUCCUGGGCAUGUACCUGACCACGGUGCUGGGCAACCUACUCAUCAUCCUGCUCAUCAGGUUGGACUCCCACCUGCACACGCCCAUGUACUUCUUCCUCAGCCACUUGGCCUUCUCUGACAUUUCUCUGUCAUCUGUCACUGUCCCUAAGAUGCUCAUGAACAUGCAGACUCAGCAAAUAUCCAUCCCUUAUGUAGGAUGCAUUUCUCAGUUGUACUUUUUCAUACUUUUCGGUAGUCUUGACAAUUUCCUUCUGGCAGUGAUGGCAUAUGACAGGUACGUAGCCAUCUGUCACCCUCUACAGUACACCACCAUAAUGAGGGAGGGGCUGUGUAUGUUGCUGGUGGCUGCCUCCUGGAUUAUUGCCUGUGACCAUGCACUGUUGCACACCCUCCUGUUGGCCCGACUGUCCUUCUGUGCCAACAAUAUCAUCACCCACUUCUUCUGUGACCUCACUGUGCUCCUGAAGCUCAGCUGCUCAGAUAUCUCCCUCAAUGAGAUGGUCAUCUUCACUGAGGGAGGAAUGCUUUAUUUUCCACCUUUGGCUAUUGUUUUGGGCUCAUAUAUCUGUAUAGGGACCAUCAUCCUGAAGGCUCCCUCCACUAAGAGACUCUUGAAAGCUUUUUCUACCUGUGGCUCCCAUCUCCUUGUGGUGUCUUUAUACUACGGGACACUUGCUGUUGUUUACUUUUUGUCCUCAUCAUGGGAUUCCAAAAACAUAAUUGCUUCAGUCAUGUAUACAGUAGUUACCCCCAUGCUGAACCCCUUCAUCUACAGCCUGAGGAACAGAGAUAUAAAGCAGGCCUUAGAAAUGUUUGUCAACAGGGUUAAUUUACUUAAGUGGAAAUCACUAAAUCCUCUUAUUGCAGUCAGGAGCACAGUGAGGCACAUGUCCUAACACUAUUGUA